AUGAGCGCUGCAGACAGGAUGGGGGCCAGAGCUGUGCCCGGCCUUCGGCUGGCACUGAUGUUGCUGCUGGUGCUAGGGUCACCCAAGUCAGGGGUGCAGGGGGAGGAAGGGCUCGACUUCCCUCAGUAUGACGGUGUGGACCGUGUGGUCAAUGUCAACGCAAAGAACUACAAGAAUGUGUUCAAGAAGUACGAGGUGCUGGCGCUGCUCUACCACGAACCCCCCGAGGACGACAAGGCCUCACAAAGACAGUUUGAGAUGGAGGAGCUGAUCCUGGAGUUAGCAGCCCAAGUCCUAGAGGACAAGGGUGUUGGCUUCGGGAUGGUGGACUCUGAGAAGGACGCUGCUGUAGCCAAGAAACUAGGACUGACUGAAGAGGACAGCGUUUAUGUUUUCAAGGGAGAUGAAGUCAUUGAGUACGAUGGCGAGUUUUCUGCUGACACCCUGGUGGAGUUUCUGCUUGAUGUCCUAGAGGACCCUGUGGAAUUGAUUGAGGGUGAACGAGAGCUGCAGGCAUUUGAGAAUAUUGAAGAUGAUAACAAACUCAUUGGCUACUUCAAGAACAAAGACUCAGAGCAUUACAAAGCCUACGAGGACGCGGCGGAGGAGUUCCAUCCCUACAUCCCCUUCUUCGCCACCUUCGACAGCAAGGUGGCAAAGAAGCUGACCCUAAAGCUGAAUGAAAUUGAUUUCUACGAGGCCUUCAUGGAAGAGCCUGUGACCAUCCCAGACAAGCCCAACAGUGAAGAGGAGAUCGUCAACUUCGUGGAGGCGCACAAAAGAUCAACCCUGAGGAAACUGAAGCCUGAGAGUAUGUAUGAGACUUGGGAGGACGAUCUGGAUGGAAUCCAUAUUGUGGCCUUUGCAGAGGAAGCUGAUCCUGAUGGCUAUGAGUUCUUAGAGACACUCAAGGCCGUGGCCCAGGAUAACACGGACAAUCCUGAUCUGAGCAUCGUCUGGAUCGACCCUGAUGACUUCCCCCUGCUGGUUCCAUACUGGGAGAAGACAUUUAACAUCGACUUGUCAGCCCCACAAAUAGGAGUCGUCAAUGUUACUGACGCGGACAGCGUGUGGAUGGAGAUGGAUGACGAGGAGGACCUGCCCUCCGCGGAGGAGCUGGAGGACUGGCUGGAGGAUGUGCUGGAGGGCGAGAUCAACACGGAGGACGACGAUGAAGAGGACGAUGAUGAUUAGUUGCCGCGGCAGCCGCCUCCCAGCCCCACCCACUCUUCUCCUGCUCCCCUCGCCUCCCUCGAGCUCCUCCAGGGACACCAGGUUGUCCUCUGCCAUGGGGCUUAUUGGGGUCUAUAUGCUAGGUGCUGAGAUUUCCCGACACACUAGCUCAGCUAUCUUCUCUGACUUCUGUUUCCUGUCCCACUACGUCCCUGUAUCAAUUCUUUGUUUCUUCCAUCACUCCCUACAUGCUUUCUUGUGAUUCCCCUCUCACCAUAUCUACGGGUUCCCAUCUCUUCUGUCCCCUCCACCUGAGCAACUCCUCCCUACUCUCUCAAGUCCUCUGUCCUUCUGACUGUCCUGUCCCUGGCCAGAGGGAUGGGAGAGUACUGUGUCUGGGGGCUGAACUUUAGCAAUCUCUUGUUAAUGUAUUUGGGUCAAAUGAGAGACCUCAAUAAAGGAUCUGGGGCAACAUUA